AUGAAGGUCACAGCAGCCACACCGGCAACCAUCCUAGCCUUUAUUUUGGCUCAGGCUGGCGCCCUCCCUUCCCCCGAAGCCAACGGCGGUGCAGUUACCGGAAGCCAAUUUCCUCCUUCUGAUGUUCCCGUUUACUAUAUCGAAAAUGCAGACGUUGAGAAGCGCGACUCACAAGGCCAAAACCACGGUCAACACGGCGGCCGACAUGGCGGCAAAGGCCAUGGCGAACACAAGUGGAAAGCCAUGGGCCAAGGAAAGGGCCAAGGCCAACACGGACCCAUGCCCGACGACGAUGGGUCUGUCGAUCUGACCCCUUUAUUCGACCAUCCCGAUCCAGAAGUCCAAGAAAUCGUCCGCCGUGCCAUUAAGGCGCCCAAAUUCCACUGGUGGGAGCAGCAGGGUAACGGCGGCAAGUUCAUGAACAUCGUGGUAGGAAAUCCGGACGUUCGCCCGCUCGCAAAUGUCAAAGAGCAAGAUUUGAACCCUAAGGAAUUUAAGAAGCGAGAUCCCGAGGCCGCUACCAAUGCCGAUGUCAAUGACGACUCUGAGCAUGCUAAAGACAAGUGGAUGGACAACAAACACGAUGAUGGGCAAGGUAAAGAGGGUAAUAGAGGAAAUGCCCAAUGGAAGCAAUGGAGACAGAGUCGUGGGCAUGGACCCAUGUCCGAUGGCGAUGAGGAAUAG